UGGUGUAGAGACUUUGACGUCAUGGUAAAAUGCGUUUAUGUUCACACAGUAAAUUAAACACGGUUUUAAUGUGACAGUCCGAACACACGUGUGCAGUCAUCUUUGUUUACCUUUUUUGCACCUCUGUGCCUUCACUGGUUCACCCGUUUUUAAAAGUCACAUUGCAGUGACUUGUGCGUAAUUCUUUGGGCAUCCAAUGCUUUACGGAGAGUGUUCACACAUGGUUUCAAAAUGUCUGCCAGAGCACCCUCAAGCGCUCAACCCAAACCCCCACGGAGGUAGCUGGCAGGAGCAAAACGCCAAAGAAGAGAAAGCAGAACCGUUUGUUGUGAGAAAGUGGUGCUCCUCCUGCAGAGGUUGUGUGCGAGGUUCACUGGUGUGAUUUGCGUGCGUGGCAUAAGUUACAUAUUUCGUAAGAAUCGAUUUACUUGAAAACACAAAGUUUAGUAAUUACACGUGCGCGAGGCUGUGGUUGUGACGUUGAGGAUGCUUAGCGAGAAAGGGGGGUGACGAGGUCCAGGUCAUUAGAAGCUGGACAUGGAGGUGGCAGUGAAUGUGUUUCUGUCAAACCCUACACGACGGAUCCCUGACGACGAGCUGCUGGCUUGGCUCAAUGACACUUUACGGACGAGCUUCACCAACGUGGAGCAGUUAUGCGGGGGUGCAGCCUUUUGCCAGCUGAUGGACUGGUUGUUUCCCAGCUCCAUGGACCUCUCAAGCGUCCAAUUCCUAUGCAACAACAUGGCGGACGCUGUCCCCAACUACAGAUUACUGCAUGCUGCAUUUAAAAAAGUUGGAGUUAUGCAAUGCAUCCCCGCUGAGGAGCUGAUGAAGAAGGACACGGCAGUGGUUCUGACCUUCCUCUACUGGUUUAAGGCAUUCUUUGAAAGGAACCUGCAACAGGACAGGAAGUACAAUCCCCUGGAGGCUAGAGGUGGACAGAGCAUGGUUCCUGCUGACUCUGGUAGGAACAGUGCGGGUAAUCAUUUCUUCGAGGACCUUGCUCAGAAACAGGAAAUGAUUGUGACGACGGAAGGCAACACCGCAGAAGAACCCAAAAAAGACCAACCCUCAGAAAAUUGUCCAGAUGUAAUAGUAGUGAUAUCUGAUGAAGAUGACGAUGUGAUGGACUUGACAGCAGAGGAGGAAACUGAGACGAAGGAGGAAAGGGUGAAGCAAGCUGCAGUAGCAGUGAACAAAGAAAGUGACUGUAGCGAUGAUACUUUGUUGCGCUUCAUCAGAAGAUACUGCAGCGACCAUAAACAUCCACGCCUUAAUACAAGCGGAGACUCUCAGGUUUCUGGCCCUUCAGUUCCUGCCAUCUUGAGUCCAACCCACCCCAUCAACAUUGUUAUGGCGUGCUCACGCGCGCCGUACUCCCUCUACCUGUAUGUGGCCGUGGAUCUGGGUGGAGGCCAGAACACGAGUGUCGUCCUGGUCGGCUACUUUGACCACAGCUCAGGGGUCAGUGUGGUAAAGCCGCUGCUCACGUUGCAGUUGAGUCUCGAUGCCGUUGACCCGCAAACCGCAGCGGACACUAUACAUAACGCAGCCGCAGCCGACGCACGCCUUCUUAUUGCGAAGCUGAAGAAAUGUGGCCUCCUUCUGUCCAAAGUUGUCACGUUCUACUGUGACGCUCCACACCCCGGGGUGAGCCGGGUGUUUGUUUCCAUGCUCCAGGCGUACAACCCAAAGGUAAUGUCACUCUGCGGCCUCCCUGACACGGCAGAGAGAGCCUGCCGGGCCGGACUCUUUGCUUCCUUCAGUUGCGUGGUCGACCUGGUUAGAGACAUCCACCAUCUCUUCCACACCCACCCACCAGUCAGCGAGGAUCUGAGAGGGCUGUUUUUGGAGCCGUAUAACCCAUCCCGUCCUGUGCAGGUUUUGUUCAUCACCCACUCUGUGCAGAGGAUCGCAGGCAGCUGGAGGCCUUUGGUAGACUAUGUGAAGUCACUGAAGCAAGCCGUUGGCGCUGACCGCAUCCGAACCCAGCUGAUGGAUCAUAAAGUUAAACUUCGCUUCAUCUUCCUCUCCCACAUGUUGGAGCCCCUCCAAGCUCUCCAAAAAUUGCAGGAGUGCGGCACCAGCGUGGCAGCCGAGCUCCAGCUGAUGGCCACGCUGGUUCACUCCUACGCCACCAAUCUCCUCCGGGCCCCUGUCGCCGAGCAGUUUUUCAGGGUGCGCGACGUGAGGGUCCUACAGGACAGGACAAAGCUGCUCCCAAUACCCGAGGUGCACGCCGGGGCUCGUGCCAGAGAAUUCCUUUGGGCCACCGCAAUCGUAGAUCUGGCAGAGCAGGAGAGGAGGGACUUCCUGAAGGACGCUGCGACUUUCUAUAAAGCGGCACUCGAGUGUUUAGUGGAGAGUCUUCCUCCGCAUCUUGGAGAAGUUGUACUGACUAAUAUCUACACGGUGCUGAAACAUUCUGGAAGUAUACGCGGUAAUACAUUGACCAGGAAUGUGCUGUCCGAGUUGGGGUUUCAGCUGGGUCUGUUCAAACUUGGGCUUUCAGAGAAACAUCAGCUGGCAUACGACUACUUCAUAUUCGCCAAGGCGGUGAAAGGGGAGCAUUGCUGGCAAAAGAUCUUGGAUGCCACCAGACCACACUCGGCUCUGCGUGUUCUCUUCCUGACCGUCCUGGCCCUGCCGAGCUCUCUGCGCCGGACGCGGGUGUUUGAUAAAGUGUUCAACAGGGCUUCUCCUCUCAGCAAGUUGAUCCCUGCAGCCAUUUCUCAGCCGUGCUGCUUGGCAGAAGAACCGCUCAUCAGUAAACUAAGGACCUCUGUCCAGGUCAUUAGUUGUGACACGAAGAACCGACAGACCUUGUCAGAGGAUGGUGAUAAUGUUGAGGUGGCCAAACCCAGUCCCCAGCUUCUUUCCCAUGGCCGCAGCCGAAUGGAGGACUCUGACCACACAGACAAUUCCUCUGAUGUGGUCGAUCCAUCUGGAAGUCCAAUGACAACAGAAAGUGAAAGCACUCCACAAUCUGCAUUCAUCGAGGUCGUUAUUGAUAGUGAUGAUGACGACUGCGUGAUUUCAACAAGCACACCACCUAACUCGGGACAAUUGCUGGGUGUGAUUGGGGAGCUGGUCUGGGGUCAAGUGGAUGGUUUCUCUUCCUGGCCAGCCGUCAUCAUAUCCUGCAGCGAAGGGGAGCAACUCCCAGACACCAGGAUGGUGGAGUGGUACGGGCAAAACAUGUCCUGUCAGGUCAGUUUAAAAGCCCUGAAACCAUUUGCUGCCUUCGCCCAGCACUUUUGUUCCAAUUCCUUCGCCAUCCUCAUCACCUACCGAGAGGCCCUCUUCACGUCUCUGCAGGAGGCCGCUGUACGUUGUAAGAAGGAUUUUUCUAAAUGGGUUGGGAAACGAGAUGAGCUGCUGAAACACAUGCUGGACUGGGCUUUAGGAGGAUUUCAACCAACAGGGCCAGACGGACUCGAACCAGCAACUGUCCCAAACGGUGUUACUCAGAGGGGCAAAAGAGCAAAACCUCUCAGCUCCUCCAGCCCAAGUAGCAGAACCAGCAACACUAUCAAGACUAAGCCAAAAGAAAAGUCUUUCUCCGCAAGCAAACUGAAGCGCAACUCCAAGGAGAAGUUGUCUCCAGGGAGUGGAGGUGAAAGUGAAUCGGAGGAAGAAUUUGAUUCUGCAGAAAAAAGCACUAAAAGAGUGCCUGCAGGGGGGGAGGGGGAGAGAGAUGACUGUGGAGGACAAUGGGAGAAGGGGAAAGGAAAGGGGAAGGGAGGGAAGACUCAGAAGAAGAAAAGCAGUCCAUUUGAUGGAUUUGAUGAUGACAUGUCACCAGAUUUUUUGCCCUACAAGAAGAGGACCAUCAACAAAUCUCACAAUAAGGUCAACCAAGCGACCAGCGUUUACACCCAGCCGGACCAGGAACUCAGAGAGGAUGUCAUCCGUACAAUCAUGAAGAAGGAGCUGGACAUCGAAGACUUCUGUUUGUGUUGUGGAACUAAAGACACAGAGAUAUUCCACCCUCUGUUUAAAGGCAGCCUCUGCUCCAUGUGUAAAGAUAACUUAAAAGAAACUCUGUAUUGCUUUGAUGAUGAUGGAUAUCAAUCGUAUUGUACCAUCUGCUGCUAUGGCAUGGAGGUCCUUCUCUGUGGCAAUGAUAGCUGCGGCAGAACUUAUUGCACAGACUGUCUGAACAUCCUUGUCGGUCCCGGGACGUUUGAUUCAUUGAAGGCUGUGGACCCGUGGAUCUGCUACCUGUGUCAGCCUCAUCAGCCCCACGGCGCUCUGAUUCCCAGAGAGGACUGGAGCAUUCGUGUCCAGGAGUUUUUCGCCAACACCAGUGCCAUGGAGUUUGAGCCUCACCGUGUUUACCCGUCCAUCCCGGCAAACCUGCGCAGACCAGUCCGAGUUCUCUCUCUGUUUGAUGGCAUAGCAACUGGCUACUUGGUGCUGAAGGAACUCGGUUUCAAAGUAGAGGCAUACGUUGCCUCAGAGAUCUGUGAAGAUUCGCUUGCCGUGGCAACCAUCAACCACGAUGGGAAGAUCAACCAUGUUGGUGACGCCCGCUUCAUCACCCACGAACACAUCAAUGAGUGGGGUCCAUUUGAUUUGCUGAUCGGGGGCUCCCCCUGUAACGACCUCUCUAUAGUCAACCCAUUGAGAAAAGGCGUGUAUGAGGGCACUGGCAGGCUCUUCUUUGAAUACUACAGGAUCCUUCAGCUUCUGAAGCCCAAAGAGGAAGACCCGCGGCCGUUCUUCUGGCUGUUUGAGAACGUAGUCUUCAUGAACACACACGACAAAGUCAACAUCUGCCGCUUCCUCGAGUGCAACCCUGUGCUGGUGAAUGCAGUCAACGUCAGCCCUGCUCACAGAGCCCGUUGCUUCUGGGGAAACAUUCCGGGGAUGAGCAGGCCCAUUACAGCAUCCCAGAACGACAAGCUGAAUCUCCAGGACUGUUUAGAGAUUGGUAGAAAAGCCAGGGUCUCUAAGGUGAGGACAAUCACCACCAAUCCAAACUCUCUGAAGCAGGGAAAAGGUGUCUAUUCCUUGCUGCCUGUCCUCCAGAAUGGCAAAGAGGACAACCUCUGGAUCACGGAGCUAGAAAGGAUUUUUGGGUUCCCCAAACAUUAUACUGAUGUGAGAAACAUGAACCGGCAGCAGAGGCAGAAGGUGCUGGGGAAGGCCUGGAGCGUGCCGGUCAUCCGUCACCUGUUUGCUCCCCUGAAAGACUAUUUUGCCUGCGAGGAGCUUCCUCCUUUGACCACCUCCAACUCCAGCCCCUCUCCAUCCUCCCCUGAAUCCCCUGAACUGGAGCAGCUGAGAUAGGGUGGAGUUUGGCAAUGUUUUGUAUGGUUUGUAUGUUCUUUAAGAAGCCGGUGGAGCACCAAUGAACUAUGCAGUCUCUCUACUUUGAGCUCACAGACAGGCUUUUGUUUUUCCCUGUCACACGGACGAAAGGCCUAAACACUUUAGUCUCUUGCAUCUGGUCACACAUGCGGUUUGUGUGGACAGCCAACCGUCACUUUGGCAACCAACCCUGCAGGAGAUGCAGCUUCAGCUCCUGUAUCAACUCCGUUCCUUUUCCUACCGAAUCUUUCCACCUACUGAAGAUGGAAGAUGCUGCCAAUCAUCCCUCUUUUCAAAGGCUAAAAGAGCCCAGUGGCUCACUGAUCUUAUAUUAUUUCCUUUUUUUACACUUGUCUCUGGUGUGUCUGUGCGGGGAGAAGGUUGAUCACGGUCAGUAAUGGUGCUGUCUCUUGAGGAAAUAUUGUCGUGAUCGUAAAUGUAAUUGUUUCACAUAUGGCAUGAACCCCUGAGCUUUUUACGUAUUUUUUAAAACAAAUGAGAAAUAAUGUUAAACGUGAGAUUUUUUCUGUCAUAAGCUCAAUAUUUCAUUUAUGAAUUCAUUCUAAUUUGGGAAGCGAAUCAUGUUGAACUGAAAACUGCUCAUCUUUACUGUCAGAUUGGAAUGUUUGCUGUUUACAAAGCAGAACUGUGCAUAAAUCUGUCAGUUUUAAUUUCUAUUGUAUGAGAUAUGUAUCCAUCGUCAGUGCAUUAUGUACAGUCAAAGGCCAUUGGCAUGUUAUCUAUGCUUUCUUUGAAGCCACAGGACUCCAAAACAGAUUUCUUGUAUUAGGUAGUUGCUGGUCGUUACUGGUCAUUUCCGUGAUCAUUGUUUGUUUGCUUAAUUUUAGAAUUUUAAAGAGUUAGUUUAGGAUUUACAAAGGUCAAACAGUAUAAUUAUGGCUUUGAAAAGAGUAUAGAUGGUCAUAACCGCUAUAGUUUCCAGUCUAAUGAGCUGUUGGACAUCGAGGUAAAGUGGGGAAAAUAUUCUGAUGACAACGAACCCUGAAACUAAUGUUGAUGUACAAAUGUAUUGAUUUUUAUCCAUUCGAAUGCAUAAAAGCAAAUUGUUGACGUUGACUUUUAUUGGUUGGUUCUGUCAGGGGUGUGUGUGGCUGUUUAUAUGUGUGUUUGUGUGCAUGUGCACGUGCACUGGCACUUUUACACCAACAAAACUGAUGGACAUAAGAGCCAAAGUUGGUCAUUCUGUGUUUUUAUUCCUAUGGUCUAGUUGACAAAUUGUCAAGCAACUUUUUGGUUUUUAAAAAGUAGUGUUGUCUUGUCUUUAUCGGGGAAACCUGAAAUUAAAAAAAGGGAUUUAAUCUAUCAUAUCCACAGUCAAUAAAAUAAAUAAGGAGACUAACAGUGUUAUAAAUGAAUAAAGUACCAAAUUCU